AUGGACUCCCACGUUGGUUGCUAUGGCAACGACUCCCAGCCAUUGCCCACCGGUGUAGCAUACACUCUGGGCGACCCUCCACAUACCAGCACACAACCAACCGGUGAUGAAAGGGGAGUGAGUGCACACACACACACACACACACAUACACACACUAACACGCCCAGUGCAGAGACGGAGGCAGGGUGUGGCUGCGACGAGACCAGCGCGAGUGUGGAGAAGGCGCAGGUGUUUAUAUAGCAAUGCUGUGACUGUAUUGGCGGUGGCCCUAUCACACACACACACACACACACACACACAUACACACACACAAUCACAGGUGUGUGUUCGGUCACUGUAUUAG